AUGGCUGAGCGUCUUAUGGAAACGGCCAGUGAAAUUUCCACACAUUUCCGCUGUGAUCAUUGUGGUAUUACGAUCGACGACGUGGCUUGGAGACAAUGUAAAAUUUGUAAAAUAUUCGAUCUAUGCCAUACUUGUGGUAAAAUGAAGUACAAUCAACUAUUAGCGAGUGUUCGUAAUGAUCAUAUGCAGAGACACACGGAACUUGGUGAGCUUGAAUCGAUUACAGACGAUUGUAUCGAAAAGAUAGCCGUUGAACAAGCUGAAGCCAAUAGUCAAACAAUUCGAAACAAGAUCAGAGAGGAACAUUUGAAUCGUAUACAAAAGGAAAAGAAAAUAUCCAAUGACUAUGAUAUGUCAAUCGUUAUGGAUGAAUUAGAAAAACUGAAGAAAACAUCAUCAUUAUCAUCGAAAGAUAUCGAAUGGCAUGGACUGGAUUCAUUACUUGCAAGAUAUCAUCUAGAAGCACAUGAACGAAACAUACGUAUACUGAGUUUAGAUGGUGGAGGUGUGCGUGGCUAUAUGCCGAUUAAGAUUGUUUCUGAACUAAUUGCACAAAAGUAUCUGUCUCUGAAUGAACCAUUUGAUCCACAUAAUGCAGAACAUAAGGAAGCAUUUCAAAAAAUACAAGGAAAAUUUACUGAGCAAUUCGAUUAUUUCGUUGGUACGAGUACAGGUGGACUUAUCGCCUUUUGCUUAGCGAUGAACUACAGUGUCUUGAAGAUGAUGGACAUCUAUGCGGAUUAUUCAUAUUAUUUCUGGCGCAAUUAUCUCGGACCAAUUAUUUAUUCGAAAUAUAAUCCAGCUCGUAUUCAUCAAAAGAUCGACGAUAUUAUCAACAGUCUCUCGUUCAAAAAUGGAACAAAAUUAUCAGCAGAAAACGCGACAUUGCUUGAUAUUCGCAAUAUCUUAAAUCAGGACGAUGUUAUCACUAAUGAUCAAGUUCAAUUACGCGCUUCUAAUCAUGGAAAUCUAUUAGAGUUCGUCGAUGACACAAACAACAUCGACAGCGCCAAUCGCGUUACCAAUGACUACAGUUUUCAUCGAAUCUAUCGUGAAAAAGUCUUACUCAUUACUUCAUACAACACAACAACAAAUAGCAUUACGAUAUUCAAUACAAGUUACGCUCCACAUUGGAAUUAUCGUAUUGCUGAUGUGUUGAAAGCGACUAUGGCUGCUCCGACGUAUUUUCCACCAAUGGAAAUCUUUACCGGAAAGAAAGUCGAUGGUGUCUUUCGAAAAGAUGCGCAGUCAGAAUUAUUCAUCGAUGGAGGUGUAUUCGCUAAUGAUCCCGAACUAUCAGCACUGUGGGCCAUUCGAAUGCAAUGGAAAAAACCGGCGAACUAUCAUUUGCUUUCGAUUGGCACUGGUUGCUAUAAGACAGCAUUAUCCUCGUCGACUUGGGGUGGUUAUCUCGGAUGGAUAAUGAACAAAGGUUAUUUAGUAAACACAUUGAUGGAUGCACCGCGUAGUUUCAUCGAAAUUAUUGGAAGUAAUCUGGCAAAAUUCAGCAACAUCAGACGAAUGAAAUUGAAUUACAAUAUGAAACGAUCAAUGGCUUUGGACGAUGGUGAAUUCGUUCGUGUAUUCGAUAAAGAAUGGGAACAAUUAAAAACCGAAGAAGACUAUAAAGCUUUUGUUUAUUUCUAUGAUAGCUAUAUCGUUAAACGAAUUUGA